UUGCGUGCAUCAGCAUUCUAUAACUAUUACAAGCAAAACCAAGAGGAAGGUAUGUACCUCGUUUACGUCUCUGAGAAGGGGGAGGUCGUUAAAACACCCCCAGAGAUAGAAAUCGUCGUUGCUAAGUUCCCCGAUCUGUUCGAGGAGCCCUCAGGAGUUGUUGAUAGGGAAGUCGUCCACGCUAUAGAAAUCAUUCCAGGGAGUAAGACCCCAAAGGGAAGGAUCUAUAGGAUGGCCCCUGCCGAGUUAGAUGAACUUCGGAAGCAACUUAAGGAGCUGACAGAGAAGGGAUGGAUUCGGCCUAGUACUUCCCCUUACGGAUCACCUGUGCUAUUCGUACCAAAGAAGGGGGGUACUUUGAGGAUGUGCAUUGAUUAUAGGGGCCUCAAUGCCAUCACGGUGAAAAACGCAGAGCCUCUACCUCGCAUAGACGACCUAUUGGAUAGGGUGCAGGGAUGCAAGUACUAUACAAAGAUAGACUUGAAAUCCGGAUAUCACCAGAUCGCAAUAAGACCCGAGGACCAACAUAAGACAACUUUUGAGACUAGAUAUGGUCUGUAUGAGUUUGUAGUGAUGCCUUUCGGUCUUUGUAAUGCGCCGGAUACGUUCCAGCACGCUAUGAAUCGGAUCUUCCAUGACCAUUUAGAUAAGUUUGUCGUGGUCUACUUAGACGAUAUUCUGAUCUUUAGUAAGUUUGUCGAGGAGCACGCACAGCAUGUUGAGACAGUUCUCUCACUCCUGCGACAACACAAGUAUAGGGUCAACUUAGAGAAGUGCGAGUUUGGCCGCACUAAGAUACUACACUUGGGUCAUGAAGUAUCCGCGCAGGGGAUUAGGCCGGAAGAUGCGAAGGUGGCUAGUAUUCGAGAUUGGCCACGACCUCAGACAGUCACUGAGGUCAGAUCAUUAUUAGGAAUGUGCGGCUACUCUAGGAACUUCGUCAAGAACUAUUCUAUAGUCGCCUCUCCUUUGACUGAUCUAACUCGACUUGACACACCGUGGGACUGGAGUGAUGAGUGCGAGGGUGCUUUCAAGAGAUUGAAGCAUGCACUCAUGAAUCAUGAAGUUCUCAUGGUUCCCGAUCCGCAAAAGCCAUUCAUAGUGACCACUGACGCAAGCCAAUAUGGCAUUGGCGCAGUGCUGGCUCAGCAGGAUGGGAAAAAGUUGAGACCGAUUGAGUACAUGAGUAAGAAGAUGCCAUCGAAGAAGUUGGCUAAGUCCACCUACGAAAGGGAACUCUAUGCUCUCUACAAGGCACUUGUCCAUUGGAGACACUUCCUUCUAGGAAGGUUCUUCUAUCUGAGGACUGGUCAUCAGACCCUCAAAUGGAUCAAGACUCAACCGGCUCUUUCUGAUGCACUCAAGCGAUGGAUUGAGGUCAUAGACCAAUAUGACUUCAAGCUUGAGUACCUGAAGGGAGAGUAUAACAAGGUUGCAGACGCGCUAUCCCGUAGAGCAGACUACCUAGGUGCGCUAGUUUCUGAAUUUGGCGUAUCUAAUGAAGUAACUCAAUCAUUGGUGGGAGCCUAUCAGGAAGACCCUGUCACGAUGGACAUCAUCCGCAAACUUCAGGCAAAAGACAAGGCCACAAAAAGAUUGAGUGUUUCCAUGGAUUUCAUGGACAGUCUUGUGACCACCAAGAGUGGCACACUUGAAUACGGUGUGGAAUAUGAGAAGUUGCUGCAAGAGGCUGUUGAACAUAUGAAGAAGGCUCAGCAAGCCAUGAUUGCUUCUGAGAAUCAACAUCGCAGGCAGUCCACAUUUCAGGUAGGGGAACGUGUCUGGGUCAAGGCUAGUGAGUUAGGACGUGAAUUCAGAAUAUCUCGCAAACUAAUGCCCCAGUACUUCGGUCCCUGGGAAGUCUUGGAUGUAGUGGGAGAUGAAAUGGAUGGUCCUACGUACGUCAUUCGUGUCCCUGGUCAUCUACGCACUCACCCAGUCUUUCAUGCCUCAAAGCGUGCACCUUCCGCUGAGAGUGAUCAAUUCCCUUCGAGGAGAUCGAUGUUGCCCCCAACCAUGGAUGGACAAGUCGACAUCGAUGACAUUGUGGAUCACAGGGAUAUGCCUGUUCCGAAGCCGCUGGGUCGAGGAAGACCUCCUAAACCCAAGAGGGAGUACCGGAUCAGAUUCAGGCAUCAUACGGAUCCUAAAGAAGAUCGGUGCUUUACCCGGGAGGAACUGAUGGAAACAGCUCCUCAGGUGGUGGUAGAUUAUGAACGGAAGCUAAAGGGGAAGGCACCUGCGAAGGUGCGCCGCACCCCGUGCGCGGUGCGUGGUGCGGCGCACUUGCGGGGUGCAGCGCACCUCGAUGCGCCGCAAGUGCUUCCAUAUGUUCGGCAUUUAGACCCAGCUGGCUUUGACAACUACGCAGUUGUGCAACAGGCUCAUGAUGCUCUUCUCUCUGCUCGUCGUGCCAAGUGCAUCGCCCAGGUCUUGGAACGGCGUAACCAGUCUGCAGGUGUGUGUUUUGUGCCAGAAAAUCAACCAACACAGUCCUUGCACGGCAACUCUGAGUCAAGAUCCAAUGAACUUGAGGUGAGGGAAGUACAUAUGAAGAGCUCGAGAGGAGUUCCAGCUGCAGAAUUGCUGAAUCCUGAUAAAGUUCUAUGGACCGUCCGCCAGGCAAUGCCUUCACUAAUCGUUCUGCCCGAUAUUGGGACCGUUCGUUCAUUUAUUAUUGCAGCUAGUUUCGUAAUAAAGGCACAGCUGGCCGAAGCUAUUGGCCAGUACAGUGGGAAAGGAAAUGCUGAAGGUGAGCAUGAAGUAAAGAACAGCAUUCCCAUAGCAAAUGAGGCAUGUGAGCUGAUCGUGCAGCUUAUGCUGCACAGCCAUGUCAACGUCAGGAAGUUCUCAUAUGAUGUCUUGAUCGAGAUCUCCCAGCCCAUGCACAGGUCCAAAGGGAAUUUAGAGAGCAUUGUGGAUUACAUGAAUGUGGAUGGAGUGGCAGAUGCAGUAGAGCAAGUCCACAGGGAGAGAGGCAACAUCUGCUCAGGAUCAAGAAAAGAUGACACUAAGUUGAGUCAUGAGCAAAACCUGAAGUACCCAGGGAUGCGUGACAUGACAGAAGCAAUGGUGAAAAGGGAAAGGGAACAGCAGCGUGAAGGAUCAAUUAUCAUGAAGUUUCUUCUUGAUAAUGAAGACUUCAGAUGGACUUUAAUGACUCAUGGGCUCGGUGAUGUGGCUACAAGGAAGGUGAAGUGAUUCUCUGUCCCAUACCGGAAGUGGCAAAAGCUUGGCCAAUGACAAUUAAACUU